AGUCUAUCGUGGGAUCUAGUAAGACAGGCGCUUAAGAAAGAGAUAGAGAAGAAUAUAGAAGAGUACUACAAGAAUACCAAUAAAGAUACCAAAAAUGAAUCUAAUACCCAAGAAACAGUCAAAAUGGAGCUAGACACACGCACGAAGACAGAGCCAGACGUUGGAGCAUCGGAACAGAAUAGUCUGCUAUUAGGACAUGCACGAGAACAGAUUCAGACACCUGCUGUUGUAUUACCGCCGAAAAGAGCACCUGUGGUGGAAAGCAUAUCAGAGAAGGAGGCCUACGAAGAGUUUUCGCGUAUUUGGGAUGUCUUGGAGACAGAUUUUGUCGAUGAACCACCAUUCACGAUACAAAGAAUAGCAGAACUCGCAGUCCGUCAAAGAGGAACAUACAGCACGGUAGGAAAAUAUCUGCGUGCAUUAGGAAAAACUGUUACUGUUACAUCUGGUAAAGUGACACUCGCAGCUCAGAUGAAAGCUCUAGAAGAUGUGUCAGCGCCGCCAGCUGGAGACACGCGCGGCCAUGCCGUGCCAUUAGAUUCAGCCGAAAUGCACACACCUGGACAACAAAAUAGCACUCCUCCAACACCACUCUUCUCACCUAUUCCCUUCCUUGCUGAGAGAGCUUCGCGAGAUGUUUCGCCCCUGACGAUCCAGGAGACUCAAGUUGAGGAUCUAGGAAAUCCAAACCUUCACAGGCCAACGAGCCCAACAAGCAGUAGUAAUAAUGCAGCAGCAGCAGCUGCCGCUGCACUCGGUGGACAACCCUCCAAGACAAAGCAAACGGGCACGCAGGAACACCACGGUAUUGUCGACGAACUUGAUGCCGGGCAGGGUAAAGUAGCAGAAGAGCCUGUACCACUGAGUAGCACGACUAAGCUAGAGAAUACACCAUCACCUGAGAAAUCAAAUGAAGAAGACCGUCGAGCGCACAAGAGACGCAAAUCAGAGCAUUUGCUAGAAAUUGAAGAUCAAAAACUCGCUAAGGAGUUUUAGUUUUGUAGUUUUUUACGUUUAUUUGACGACGCAUUGUGAUUUGCUCCUUUCAUCCCAAC